UCUAACUUCCACGCCUCUGUUCUUAUCUCUAGUUUUGGUGUGCUCUGAAAAAGUCCGUGCGCUAUUCACAGUUUCACACCCACCUUCCUUUCGCUCUGUCUUUAACACCCUCCGUCUCUCGAUCACCUCUACAAAAAUCAUAAUUCCCCUCUUACACCCCAGAACCGAAGAAGACCUUCAUCGCAAAUAGCUUAAAGAUCGUGUGAGUGACUUUGAAAAGCAUGAGAAAGGGCAAGGAGCAGAAGCAGAACAAGUUGGUGUGGAUCAUAACCACGCCUUUCAGAGUCUUGGGCAAAGCGAGGGAUGCUUACGUCAGAAGCAUAACGCAGUGUGGUCACAACAUGAACUAUAGCAACCCCGUUGAUGCUGCUGGCAGAUUCGAGGCUCUCCCCAGAAGCUACAGUGUUGCCACGUCGCGCUCCGACAACGAGGAUUUCGCCGAGCUUCUGAGAGCGGCUUCUGCCAGGACCCUGGGCAACAGAAUCGACGUGGAUUUGGUUCUGAAACAGCAGGCCCAGUCCCGGCCGCCCAUUUCCUCUAAUGGGCUUCCGAAGUCCACGAGCGUUGGCAUGGGCCGGAUCGACGAGGACACGCCUUAUGAUUUGUCUGAAGGAGACGUUGGCACCCUUCCCAAAGCGUAUCCCAGAAGUAGAAGCUACGCUGUUGGAAAGACGAGUGCUGUACUGUGAAGUUUGUACACACUUUUGGAUCUGAAAUUAAAGUAGGUUUUGAUUUCUUUGGAUUCUUCUCCAGAGAAAAACAUAAUUGAUUAAUACAUUCUGGUAAUUCGAUUGAGAUUAGGUUUGAUCGGAAUUUGUUGUGGUUUGGUUUUUCGUUGUGGGUGGUAGGGACUGCUUUGAAGGGGACGGUUUCAUGUAAAGUCGCUUUUUACUUUAUUAUCUUCAAUAUCUCUUUGGUAA